AUGUCCCCUGUAGCUGUUAUCCCAAAUAUUAUCGAAGGUGAAGAAAUCACCAAUCCUGAAAAGGUUUUCCCAGUCCACUGUCCUACUAAGCCAGAGGAUGUAUUACAUCAUUAUUCCUAUUUUGAUGUGAACAAAGAAAACAUCGAUAAAUUAGUUAGCAACACUCAAAAAGGGUUCAAGGAAUGGUCCAAGUAUAGUAUUGGUCAAAGAAACAAGAUUUUCCUCAAAACCAUUGAACUUUUGGAAGAAAGAAAGCAACAAUUCGUUGAUGCUCAAUCCGAAAUCGGGCUCCCAGGCUGGUUUGCCGGUUUUAAUGUUGGUGGUGUCAUUCAUCAAAUCGAACAAGUUAUCAACCAAGCACCUCAAGCCGGUGUUGUACCAUCAGCCAUGACUGAUUUAGCUUUGACUUAUAAGUUACCAAUUGGUCCUGUUCUUUCUAUUUCUCCUUGGAACGCUCCUGUCAUUUUAGCUGGAAGAAGUAUUCUCUACCCUCUUGCUGCUGGUUGUUCAGUCAUUGUCAAGCCAUCUGAAAAGUCACCAAAAUGUUCUUAUUUAUUAGUCAAGUGUUUCUUAGAUGCCGGUGUUCCUGCUAAUGCCUUACAAAUGGCUAAUUUAAGACCUGAAGAUAAUCCUGCCUUUAUUGAUGAUUUGUUAAAGACUGGUGGUAUUAAGAAAUUAAACUUUACUGGUUCAACUGCCGUUGGUAAGAAGAUUGCUGUUACUGCCGCAAAAUACUUAGUUCCUUACUUAUUGGAACUCGGUGGUAAGAACACUUCUGUUAUUUUGGAAGAUGCUGAUCUCGACAAAGCAGCAGGUAAUGCUGUUUGGAGUUCUUGGGCCCAUAAAGGUCAAAUCUGUAUGAGUACUGAUCAUGUCUUUGUUCAUGAAUCAAUCUACGAUGAAUUCAAAGAAAAAUUGAUCAAGACUGCUACUGAAGUUGCCAAAGAUCCAGAUUAUCUUAUUUCACAAAGAGACACUUUGGGUACCAAUAAGAUUGUUGAUUUAGUUGAAGAUGCUUUACAAAAGGGUGGUAAGCUUGCUUUUGGUGAAUUUUCCAGAGAAAAGGUUGAGGAAACCAAUGUUAUUACUCCAAUAAUUUUAGAAGAUGUUCCAAAAGAACUGAGCCUUUACCUUACUGAAAGUUUCGGUCCUCUUUGUGUCCUUGAAAAAUUCUCUGACGUUAAUGACGUUGUUGACGAAAUCAAUAGUAGAGACUACGGAUUAAAGUCUUCCGUGUGGUCAAAGAAUGUUAUCAAAGCAAUUGGUAUUGCCAAGGACAUUGAAGCUGGUGGUGUUCAUAUCAAUGGUUCUACUGUGCAUGAUGAACCAGGUGUUCCUCAUGGUGGUGUUAAAAGUAGUGGUGUUGGUAGAUUUAACAGUAUUUGGGGUAUUGAAGAAUUCUGUGUUCUUAAGUCUAUUACUAUCAACCAAUAA